AUGAAAAGGCAAAGAUCACAGUCUUGGGAACCUUAAAGUUUCGAAAAUAGUGAAUUAAUACGAUAACAAUCAGAAAGACCUAUUAAUGAUGAAAAUGUAUGAAAAAAUCAGAUAUAGAGCAUAUUUUCUAUGAUUGUGAAUCAUAAUGUAAUUAAGGAUAUUUCAAUUAUUGAUACAUACAAAGAGGUUGAUAACAUAUCAAUGCAUAAAAAACAUUUUGUGAAUUAUGUAAUAAAAAUAAAGACUGAUUACUUUGAUUAUACAAUCGCUAAAAGAUAUUCAGAAUUUGAAAAACUUCAUGAUUAAGUAAAUUUUAUUCAUAUUUGUUUAGAUAUCCAAUAUUUUACAUAAAUUACCUAAAUUUCCUGAGAAAAAAUUGAUAAAAUCUAACUCAAAAAAAAAUAUUGCAGAAAGAAGAGAAAUGUUAGAAUGUAAAUAAUAUAAUAAAUAAUUUAUUAGAAUUAUUGAAAUAUAUUUUAAGAAAUCUUAAUAAUUAAAUGCAUUACUUUUUAAACUUUUUAAAUAUUUAAUGUGAGCUAUAUUUAUUUAUGUAGAACAAUUUUUAAAAGGAGGAUUUGGUUAAAAUGUUAGACUUCAUGAAAUGAGUAAAGAUGAAUUUGGAUUAAACGAUUUAAAAGAAGAGACAAAAUUGGUUGCUUCAAAUGAUUAAGAAAAAAUGGUAUUUCAUUAUAUAGCAAAACUAAAUGAGAGAAGUGAUGAAAGAAGCAAAAUAUUUUCGUAUAUUUAUAUAAAUAAAGUAGAAAAAUGGAAAAAUAUUUUUUUGGUAAAACCUAACAUUUGGGAUCAUAAGUUUUAAAAUUUAUGCUAAUUGGAGAUGAUUAGAAACAAAAAGGAAUUAUUGAAUUACUAAAAAAUACAUCUAAAGAUUUUUAAUCACACAUAUCUUGUGUAAGUGGAAUGUAAUUCUUAAGGAAAAUGUUAGAAUAUGAUUAUAAUCCAUGUAAGAAUAAUAAAAUAUUUAUUAUAGAUGCCGACUUUUUUUUAAAGGUUUUUUCUGAAGUAAGCAUUAAACAACUAAAAAAAAUGGGUAUAUCAUAUCAUAUAUGUGGAAGUAAAAAAUAACUCUGCAAAUAAGAUACUCUACUAUUAAUUUAUAAAUAUGUUAAAGUUAAUGAUUUAAAACCAGAAUUCAUCUCUUUUCUAGUAUUAUAAAUAUGAGUAAAUUAGUUAGAAGAUUAAGAAGCAUUAAAUGAAUUUUAAUAAGCAUAUUAGUAAAAAAAAGAAGAGGGAUUUUAACUUUUAGUUGAAAGUGUCGAGAAUUUGUAAAAAGAAAUAAUUCCUGUUAAAUCUAAUUCAAAAGAUAAACUCAGUAUUUUAGAUUAAGAACCUUCAAUAGAGUAAUUAAAAGAUAUCGAAAAGAAUUAAAGUAUAAUUUGGAAAUUGGUGUAAGGUACAAGAAAUGACUAAAUAUUUAGAAUAUGAAAAUCACCGUAUUUAACAUAUAUAAGGAUAAAUUGUUAAAACUAUCCAUCCUUUAAAAUGUAGUCUAUAAAGAUCAAUUGAAUUAUUAACUACAUAAAAACAUAAAUGGGUGAGCACUAUGAUUGUCAGAUAAAUAGUAAAAUAAAUUUAAGAUAAUAAAUAAAUAGUUGCAGAAACCUAUAUAUGGUAAGAUAAACAACUCUUUAAAAAAGUGGUUUUUUUCUCUGAAGAAACUUUAAUAAUUAAUGUAUGCUAAUAGUUAUUUUUAAGGAAGAUAAUUUUGAAAUUUAAAUGAGGCCAGUAUUUGAAUAUUCAUCUUAUGAAUAAUCUUAGAAAUGCGAUGAAACAAGUUUAAUCAAUCAAUAUUUAUAUAGGUCAAAAAGUAUAAGUGACAUAUGGAUUUUAUAAAGAUGGUAUCACUACUGUAACAAUUAUUCAAAAUUUGUUUGAUAAAAUACAAUAACUUUAAUAUACUCCUGUGCUUUUAAAAGAAGUUGACUACUUUGAAAAAACUGUCCAAUAGCUAAAACUAUUAUAAACUGAGUGA